UUUAUUUUCAGUUGCUUUUUAAAGAAGGAAAGCUCAUGGUGCAAAUUGUUAUUUCCAGUGCGGGGGCUGAAGGCCUGGCAGAAUGGGUGCUGAUGGAGCUACAGGGGGAGAUCGAGGCUCGCUACAGCACUGGAUUAGCUGGAAACCUCCUGGGAGACCUACAUUACACCACUGAGGGAAUUCCUGUGCUGAUCGUGGGGCAUCAUAUCCUAUAUGGGAAAAUCAUCCACCUGGAGAAACCUUUCGCAGUUCUUGUCAAACACACUCCUAGGGAACAGGACUGUGAUGAGCUUGGCCACGAGACUGGCACCACCCGGUACCUGGUGACAGCACUCAUCAAAGACAAGAUCCUUUUCAAAACCCGCCCCAAGCCCAUUAUCACCAACGUCCCCAAGAAAGUAUGAAAGAACCCCGGAUUUUCCCUAGAGAGCGGCCAACUCCUUGGACUCGUGCACCACUGCCACCUCGAGGACGGCUUGACAGUUCCCUGGGACCACAGGGGGGUCCUGUUCUGAACACAGGCCACCCACUGGGCAUGAACUCGGAUCCCUUCCUUAUGGCAGCUGGUUCUGUUGGUGGAAAUCUGGCACCAUUUCCAAGGAACCCAUCUUUUCCAUCUUCAUCAGGCUCACUGGCUUCAAAUCCAGCACCUUUCCCUGCUGGUCCUCGUGACCCAAGCAUGGCUUCUUUUCCAAGAGGGAUAAAUCCUACUGGCACAGGCACAGCCUUCCCACGGCCAGGCGGCCUGUUGGGUCCAGGACCAGGACCAGCUCUAAACCCUAGAACAGGAGCUCUUCCAGGCCCAGGUCCUAUGUCUAACCCCAGGUUAGGAGGUCUCCCAGGCCCAGGCCCUAUGUCCAAUCCAAGGACUGGUGGUCUCCUGGGAGCAAGUCCUGACCCCAGAAGUGGUACCCCCAUGGGACCCGGACCCGGAGCUGGACCUAAUCUGAGAUCAGGUGUCUUGUUGUCUUCUGGGAAUGGUCCUCCCAAUCCUAGGCCAGGUGGUCUGGGCCCUGGACCAAAUCCCAAUCUGAGAUCAGGCUUUUUAGGUACAAACCCUGCCCCUAGGUCAGGUAUGUUUCCAGGCCCAGGCCUUGGGUCCAACCCUCGAGCAAGUGGUGUGGGACCAGGUCUUGGGCCCAACCCAAGAGCAGGAGGCUUGGGUCCAAGCCCAAAUCUGGACACCAGAGCAGGUGGCCUCUUGGGCACAGGAUCUGGCCUUAACUUAAGAAUGGCUGGACCCCAAGGCCUAGAUCUUGCCCCAAUUCUGAGAGCAGCAGGUCUUUUAGGAGCAAAUUCUGCUUCUUUUUCACAGGCUUCUGGAAACAUGGGCUCAAGCCCAUCAUCCAUGGCAAGAGUACCUGGCCCCAUAGGGCCAAACACAGGUCCUAGCUCUCGAGGAAUUGGCCUUCCAGGGCCAAAUCCAUCUUCUAUGUCAAGGGCUCCUGGCCCCGUAGGCCCUAAUUCAGCUCAUUUCUCAAGGCCAGGUGGCCCCAUGGGUGUAAAUGCCAAUCCCUUUCCCAGGGGGACGAGUUCAGGGGGACUGAACCCAGCUGCCUUCUCUCAGUCUUCGGGCACAUUGGCUUCAAACCCAGGUACCUUGCAAAGGUCUGCCGGCCUCCAGGGCUCAAGUCCAGCAAUUUUCCCACGAGCCUCUGGGCCACUAGGCCCCAACCCAGCUAAUUUCCCGAGGGCCACUGGCCUGCAGGGUCCAAGUCCAGCUGCCUUCCCAAGAUGUACUGGUCCUUUAGGCCCAGGUCAAGUUGCUUUCCCCAGGUCAGCUGGUGGGCAUCUGGGCUCUUCUCCAGCAGGCCCAGUGGGUAUCAGUUCAGCUCCUUUUGCAAGGCCCACUGGGACCCUGGG